AUGGCCUCAACUGACGGCACGCUGACUCGCCGCCAAGCCCUGCAGCACGCUAGCACCCCUGGCAGCAACCCCUCCAUCAUCAAGGGUCGCUCCUUCCGGGAUGCGCUCUCCGGUACCGGCGACACCACCUCGGAUGCCACCCCUUGUCCUGCAACGAGUGCGCCCGUCGUCCCCACAACAACGACGACUGCCCCGCUCUCGGUCACAGCUCAGCCGGCUCCUACUGUCGUCGAAAAGCGCUCGACAGUGACGCAGACACCGCGCACUUUCUCGCAACCGCCAGUUCCCGUCACCGUCAACACAGGCACGACGAUGUAG